CGACCGUGAAUUAUAUUUAGCUCACGCUGACAUGUAAGACCAACCUGCACCCUCACUGGACUACCCAGCUGCCAGUCAGCUGAACGGAGACACCUCUUAGGCGAGGGGUUUUUAUACUUUUCUACGGCCAGGAAUGUUUUCAAACCGGGCUCGUGUUGAGAUCAGGCAGGGAGUUGGUUGUGAUGGUGUGCUGAACACUGGGAAUUGAUCGGGUCAGAGUGGAAGGGCAGCAGGCGGGAUCACAGAGCUUCCAGUGAAAACUGUCUUCGAGAAGUUUAUCUCGGUGCUGCAUUCUCCUCAGGGGGCUUCGGGAAAACAUGGCCCCUCUGUGAACUGAAGCCACCAAGUGACUAGGGAUCUGCACUGCUGCGGGAGAUGAACAUUGUCAGGCCUGUCUCCUGGUUGUUUUCAAUUAAGCUGAGUCUAUAUCUGUGAGCUAGUAUGGGUGACUGGAACUUGUUGGGGAAGCUGCUGGAGAGUGCCCAGGAACACUCCACCGUUGUAGGCAAAGUCUGGCUGACGGUGCUGUUCAUCUUCCGCAUCCUGGUACUGGGAGCUGCCGCCGAAAAGGUGUGGGGCGACGAGCAGUCCGGAUUCACCUGUGACACCAAGCAGCCCGGUUGUCAGAAUGUCUGCUACGACAAGACCUUCCCCAUCUCUCACAUCCGCUUCUGGGUGAUGCAAAUCAUCUUUGUCUCGACGCCGACGCUCAUCUAUCUGGGCCACAUCCUACAUCUGGUCCGCAUGGAGGAAAAGGAGAAGCAGAAGGAGAAAGAGAGGGAACUUGCCAUCCAGAAUGAAAAGCAGCAGCAAGUACUUGACUGCAAGGCCAAGAAGGCCUCGGUCAAAGACAACCAGGGCCACGUUCGUUUGAAAGGCGCACUGCUGCGAACCUACGUGUUCAACAUUAUUUUCAAGACCCUGUUUGAAGUGGCCUUUAUUGUAGCUCAGUACUUCCUGUAUGGCUUUGAGCUCAAGCCGAUGUACACCUGCGACCGCUGGCCUUGCCCCAACAUGGUGAACUGCUACAUCUCCCGACCCACUGAGAAGACAGUCUUCAUCCUCUUCAUGCUGGGGGUGGCCUGCAUCUCACUGCUGCUCAACCUGGUGGAAAUGUACCAUCUCGGUUUCACAAAGUGCCACCAGGGGCUCCGCUACAGACGAUCCCAGGCUGCAGCAAGCGAGGCCUCCAGGCACCUAACUGAGGCGGUCAUGCCCUUUGUGCCGAGCUACAACUACUUUGCUGGUCAUCCUACGGUGCCUGAGCCCUUCCCCACGGACUCAAAGUACAGCAUAGCAGAGCCAAACUCUGCUUACAGCCCCUACAACAGCAAAGUGGUUUACAAGCAGAACAGAGACAAUAUGGCUGUGGAGAGAAAAGGUAAAACAGAGGGAGAGGAUGCGAAAGAAAGGAAAACCUCAAGCUCUGUCAUCGACAUGCCUGUGGAAAAUCAACGCAGGAACAGUCAGUCAAGCAAGCACAGCAACAACAAGAGCAGGCUGAAUGACCUGAAGAUCUAGGGGACCUUCUGUGUUUCCAUCCAAGACUCAGGAACAACAUGCAUUAGCCUGUACAAAUAUUUGCAUGAUUAUGGAGAAGUGUUUGUGGCAAAGCUAUUGAGUGAACAUAAAACAGAAUAUGGCUGUCGUCAAUUUGCAGGUCAAGAUUUGAGUGCACACGGGGGGAGCUUUGUAAGAAUAGAAUACGUAUGCAGUGCAUCUUCAGCUCACACAAUUUUUUAAUGUGAAAGGUUAUUUACCCGAUAGGGAAAAAAAAGAAGAAAAGAUCCAUAAAUGGCUCUUGUGAUCAUAUCUUUUUCAUGGGUAAACCCAAGAGAGCAACUGGCACAAUAUUUAAUAAAAGACCAGGUUUCGUGGGGUGAUGCUUAGAUAUAUUUUACUCUGCUCUCAAUGAGAGUUUGUGGGUGAUGGAUGCGACUUUAAAAGCAAAAAGAAGAGGAAGCCCGACCGCUCGCUCAAAUCACAAGUCUUACUUUCUCUUUUGCCAUUACAGACAACGCAUCUCAAAACAAUGUUGUGAAUUCACAAAUCUGCCUCUAGAUUUCUACAUUUCUGGGUGACAAAGAUACAGAUUACCUGUUUGUUUACAUCAAAUUUACUUAAGCUAAAAUGGUGUGUUGCAUGGAUGAAGAUGUCAAAACAAAAGCAAAUUUGUAUGAGCCAAUACCAUGACAGAUUUCUCUGCUGUUAUCUUUGAAGAGACAAGUUAAGACAAUUCAUGAUUGACAGUAGAUAUCAGCAUGUUCAUUUGGAUUUUCUACAAAACGAGACAUUGUGACCCCAAUCGUGCUUAUUUCUUUGUGACUGUAAAUUUAAUAAACUGUUGUGCUAAGAA